ACAAGGAAAGAUGCUAGAAUCCUUUAAACAUGUAAGGAUGAUGGGUCACUUGACACAACCAGUUUAACCAGUAAGCUUCCAUAAAAUGAUUAUAGCUGCUGGAGUCCAGCGAUCAGAAAGGGCCACAGCUGAUUUGUGUAAGAGCUUCCCAAGAUGAGCCCGACUUUUCAGAGUCUUAUAUCUUCUCUGCAGAAAAGUGGAACCUGUAUUAAUUCUUUAAUUGGUGCUUUGACUAUUGGUGGGCAACAACUGUUCUCCUCUUUCACGUUUGGAUGUCCCUGUCAGGUUGGGAAAAAUUUCUAUUACGGGUCUGCUUUUCUAGUCAUCCCUACCUUGAUCCUCCUGGUUGUGGGCUAUGCUCUGAGAAGCCAGAUGUGGACAAUUACUACUGAAUACUGCUGCAGCUGUGCCCCUCGGCACCGGAAAAUCAGCCUCCUGGAACGCAAGCUGGCUUGCCUUAGGUUCUUCAGCAUCACCAAGAGGGCACUUGUGGCUCCAUUAACUUGGCUGGCGGUGACCUUGCUGACAGGUACCUACUAUGAAUGUGCAGCGAGCGAAUUUGCAUCUGUGGACCAUUACCCAGUGUUUGACAAUAUCAGUGCCAGCAAACGAGAAGAGCUCCUCGCUAGCUUUCCAUGUUACUCAUCAGAUUUACCCGAUAUGACGCUGGUGAGAGAUGAUAUAACUCUUCUGCACAGAUACCAGUCACAAAUGCUGGGCUGGAUUUUGAUCACCUUGGCAACCAUUGCUGUACUUUUCUCCUGCUGUUUGGCAAGGUGCUGUUCCCCCUUCACUUCUCUGCAACAUUACUACUGGAACAACCACCUGCAAAAUGAGAGAGAGCUCUUUGAACAAGCUGCAGAGCAGCACUCACGAAUCCUCAUCAUGCAGCGCAUAAAAAAACUAUUUGGCUUCAUUCCUGGAAGUGAAGAUGUCAAAAACAUCCGAAUUCCUUCGUAUCAGGAUUGGAAAGACAUUUCAGCACCCAGUCUUUUAUGCAUGGGAGAUGAAUUUCAAGGUCACUAUAGUUUCCUUGGAGACAGGGUAGAUGAGGAGAAUGAGGAAAACAAAUCAGGAGGUAUUGAAUUAAAACCUUGAUUAUAGCACAUUUCCUAAUUUAGUUUGCUUAACUGCCAUUUUAUUUUUAUAACGAUGGAAUUUCAAUGCAACAUCAUCUUUUUCUCUCUUCUGAUAUUUGUUUCAUAAGUCCAUCCAUAAUGCUAUUUCCAAAAUCAAUUUGUCUGCUAAUUAUGACAAUUUCUCUUUCUUUGAAAUUUCAUUGAUGAUCUGGUAAUGUCUUUAUUGUCAUAUUGUUCUAUGUUAAACAUUAUGCAAUUUGAAAUCACAUCAAAAUGUGAAUCUUGGUCUGUUACUUAGUAGCUGUGUGAAAAUUAAUAUUGAGUACCAUUUUGUUAUUUGCACAUAAUAGCUACCUCAUAGAGAUUUUGAGGAUUAAAUUUGGGAAUAUAAACAGUGCCUUUCAUAAAUUAAGUGCCAAUAAAUAUUACUCUCUCCCUUUCUUUUUGCAUUCUAUGUCUUCUUCCACUAUUUUCCCUGUCUCCCCAUUUCUGGAUUUCUUACUUCUACCUCUAACACAAUCUUCAGAAACUUCACAACUUCCUCCUCUUUUUUGUAGCUUAAAUACAUGAUCUUUUGGGAACCAGUACAAAAAAAAAAACUUAUAAAACUGGUAACAUGUAAGA